AUGGAGCUGCUCUACAUUAUUCUAGUUAUAGCAUCUCUGCUCCCAUUCUCAGCAUCUGAUCGUCAAGGUGAUGCCUUGUACGAUAUGAAGCUGAAACUAAAUGCUACUGGCAAUCAGCUUUCUGACUGGAACCAAAAUCAAGUUAACCCUUGCACUUGGAAUUCUGUUAUUUGUGACAAUAACAACAAUGUUGUGCAAGUAACAUUGGCUUCUAUGGGGUUUACUGGAGUUCUGUCACCAAGAAUCGGAGAUCUGGAGUAUUUAAAUGUUCUGUCAUUGCCUGGUAACAACAUCACUGGUGGCAUACCAGAGCAGUUUGGCAACCUCUCUCAGUUGACAAGCUUAGAUUUGGAAGACAACCUGUUGGUUGGGCCAAUACCGGCUUCUCUUGGCAGGCUUUCAAAGCUCCAGCUUCUGAUACUAAGUCAAAACAAUCUCAAUGGCUCUAUUCCUGAUACACUAGCAAGCAUCUCAAGCUUGACAGACAUUCGGCUGGCUUACAAUAAACUCACUGGUCAAAUACCUCCCCAGCUGUUUCAAGUUGCACGUUACAAUUUUUCAGGUAAUAACUUGACCUGUGGAGCAAACUUCCUCCAUCCGUGUGCCUCAAAUAUGUCUUACCAAGGUUCAUCCCGUGGUUCGACAAUAGGCAUUGUGCUUGGAACAGUUGGAGGUCUGAUGGGGCUUCUAAUCAUAGGGGCUAUAUUCAUUAUCUGUAAUGGAAGGAGGAAAAGCCAUCUACGUGAAGUAUUUGUGGAUGUAUCAGGUGAAGAUGAUCGUAGAAUUGCAUUUGGCCAGUUGAAAAGAUUUGCAUGGCGAGAAUUGCAACUUGCAACUGAUAAUUUCAGUGAGAAAAAUGUUCUUGGACAAGGGGGUUUUGGGAAAGUAUAUAAAGGAGCACUUCCAGAUGGCACUAAGAUUGCUGUAAAACGCUUAACUGAUUAUGAGAGUCCUGGUGGAGAGGCUGCUUUCUUGCGUGAGGUUGAGCUGAUCAGUGUUGCAGUUCACCGGAAUCUUUUAAGAUUGAUUGGUUUCUGCACGACACAAACAGAGCGCCUACUUGUUUAUCCUUUCAUGCAGAAUCUUAGUGUGGCCUACCGUCUGCGAGAAUUUAAACCUGGGGAGCCAAUAUUAGAUUGGUCUGCAAGGAAGCGAGUGGCUAUAGGCACAGCUCGUGGACUGGAGUAUUUGCACGAGCACUGCAAUCCUAAGAUUAUACAUCGUGAUGUCAAGGCUGCCAAUGUCUUGCUUGAUGAAGGUUUUGAACCGGUUGUUGGUGAUUUCGGCUUGGCCAAGCUGGUGGAUGUACAGAAGACAUCCGUGACUACUCAGGUCCGUGGAACCAUGGGUCACAUUGCCCCCGAAUAUCUGUCCACUGGGAAGUCAUCCGAGAGAACCGAUGUUUUUGGCUAUGGCAUAAUGCUUCUCGAGCUAGUCACUGGUCAGCGUGCCAUCGACUUUUCACGUUUGGAGGAAGAAGAUGAUGUGUUAUUACUUGAUCAUGUCAAGAAGCUGCAAAGGGAAGGGCAUCUCGACGCCAUCGUUGACCGCAACCUGAACAACAAUUACAACGGGCAGGAGGUGGAGAUGAUGAUCCAGAUCGCGCUGCUCUGCACGCAAGCUUCGCCCGAGGACCGGCCGUCCAUGUCCGAGGUGGUCCGGAUGCUGGAAGGCGAGGGCCUCGCCGAGAGGUGGGAGGAGUGGCAGCAGGUGGAGGUGACGAGGAGGCAGGACUACGAGCGGAUGCAGCAGCGGUUCGACUGGGGCGAGGACUCCGUCUACAACCAGGACGCGAUCGAACUGUCCGCCGGCAGGUAA